CGUGAGGGGCGAGUACUGGGCCAACCACAUCACGCUGCCGGUUCGCUUCAUGGACGGCAUGCGAGCCAUGGUCGAGGCGGGAGCACGGGUGAUAGUGGAGGUCGGCCCCCGCCCGACGCUCAUCGGCAUGGGCAAGCAGUGCGUGCAGGAGGUUGCCGAGAAGAUGGAUCUGCAUUGGCUGGGUCCCAUGGAUCCCGACAAGGACGACCAGGACGGUGUCAGCCUGACGAUCGAGACCUGCCUCGCCAAGGUCAAGGGCACUCACCAGUGGGACCACCAGAGCUUCUCGUGGGUCGAGACCGCCCAUCCGGCACUCGGCCAGCGGCUCACAAGCCCCAGGGGCCUGACCUUCGAGAGCACUCUGCGACAAGACCUCAAGACGCUCAUCGAGGACCACGUCGUGCUUGGUGAGACCAGACACAUGCGGCUUGCUGGUUGAAGCAUUUGAUCUGUGCAUUUCUUGAUGCGUUUGCAGGCGUGCCUCUGAUGCCUGGAGCAGGGUUCAUUGAUAUUCUGGCGAGCGCCGGUUUGGCAGCAGCGCAGGUGGAGAGGGGGGCCAAGAUAUCGGCUGCAGAGCUUGUGCAUCUGGAGGAUGUGUCGUUCCAGCGGCCCCUCAUGCUGCCCAAGCCCGACGACAAGCAGCCCGACCCCAGGAUGCCCACCAUCCGCAUCACCGUCGAGAAGCAGCCAACGACUGACAGCGACGCCGCCAUGCCCCCCAUGGCGGUCGAGAUCACUACACAAGCCCCCGGCGAGGAGGACUUCGUGUCGCACGCCACCGGCCGUCUGGUCAAGGUCGCCCACGUGGACGACAGCGAGAGUGACCUGGUGGAGGACCUCACCACGCUCAAGCAUCGGUGCAACAAGACAGUCCCGCUGGCCGAGUUCUACACGCAGCUCAAGGAGAUCGGUUUGGCGUACGGCCCGCGGUUCCAGACGGUGACAGAGCUGUUCGUGUCGGAUGACCAGGCGCUGGCCCUGCUCAAGUUGGACCUGCCCAUCGAGCCAUUCGAGGGCGGCUUCCGCCUGCACCCCGCCAUCCUCGACGGCGCCCUGCAGUCAGCCGCCGCCAUACUUGCGGCCAACCAGUCCGGCAAGAGGAAGACCAAGGCAGCUCUGGUGCCCGUUGGGGCGGAAAGGGUCUCACUCGCUCGCAUCGCCCCGUCGAGCGAGCUGUGGAGUCACGUCCGCCUGCUCAAGCGCGAGGACCGUGCUGCGACCAUUGAUGUGGUCAUUCAGGACAGCACGGGCCGCAUCGCCGCCUACCUCAAGAACGUCAGUCUGCGGCAGAUGGACACCACACCACCUGCAGACAUACCCGCGACAUCCUCUGGGAGGUCACGUGGAAACAGGCCGAGCCAAGCAAGGAGCCUGCUGCUGCUGAGGAGGGGGCUGCUGCCGCUGAACCAAGGUGGCUUGUGUUUGGCGUGCCGGCUGCCUGGAAGAAGGUGCUGUACAGCAGACUGA